AUGCCUUACUACUUUCCUCGUGGAGUGACACCUGGGGUGGUUGUUAACGGAGAUCUUCAUUGGUGUGCCGAUCACAGGGCAGGUGAAUACUAUGAAGCUAUAAUUUCUUUUGAUACGACUAACGAGAUAUCCACAGAGGUCGCGAAACUAGAAGGUCCCAUGGUGCAUCCAGUAGACAGUGACAGUGACACUGUCACUUAUCUUGAUACCAAUGGUGACACAUACCUUGUCGAUGACAGUGAUUUUAAUACCAAUGAUGUGGGUGUUUUAGGAGGGUGCCUUUGUGUACUUCAUAAAACUCAUGGAAUUAGUGUUGACAUAUGGGUAAUGCAGCAGUACGGUGUUAAGGAAUCGUGGACAAAACGUUUCACAAUUACGCAAAAAUUCAUUACCAAAACAAGUCAUCUGAGGGUAGUAUGCGAGUUUCAGGACAAUGAGAUACUUUUCGAAACUGAUGAGUAUUUAGUUUAUUACGAUCCAAAGCAUAAUACAGCUAAGAAACUGCGGACGCGUGGUGCCAAAAUGUCAUGCGGUGCGGAGAAAUAUGUGAGUACGCUCGCUUCACUUGGUUCAGGUACUUACUGCUGA